CCGCCCGGGGGCCGGGAAGGGGCGGAGCCCGGCGGUGCCCGCCCCCAGCCGGCCCCUUUUUCCCGGCCGCUCCCCAGUGCAGCGCGGGCCGGGGUCACAGCAGCCUGCGGGGAGCGGGGAGCUGGGAGCCCAGCGGUUUUGCGGGCGAGCCAUCUGGGCUGCGCUCUCGGACACCGGCCGCCCCUGACAGUUGCAUCCCCUGUCCUGCUGUGCUGGGCAGCCAUGACGACAGCCAUCCUGGAGCACCUGAGCACCCUGUCUGUCAGUGGGCAGCAGCUGCGCCGCCUGCCCAAGAUUCUGGAGAACGGGCUUCCCAAGAUGCCUUGCACCGUGCCAGAGACAGACGUGCCCCAGCUUUUCCGGGAGCCUUACAUCCGCACCGGCUACCGCCCCACGGGACACAAGUGGCGCUACUACUUCUUCAGCCUCUUUCAGAAACACAAUGAGGUGGUCAACGUCUGGACCCACUUGUUGGCGGCUCUGGCUGUCCUUCUGCGAUUCUGGGCCUUUGCCGAGGCCGAGGCCUUGCCGUGGACCUCGGCCAGCACCCUGCCCCUGCUCCUGUAUGUCCUGUCCUCCAUCACUUACCUCAUGUUCAGCGUUCUGGCCCACCUGCUGCAGUCCAAGUCCGAGCUCUCCCACUACACUUUCUACUUUGUGGACUACAUUGGCGUCAGCAUUUACCAGUACGGCAGUGCCUUGGUUCACUUCUUCUACACCUCUGACCAGGCCUGGUACGAGCACUUCUGGCUUUUCUUCUUGCCGGCAGCUGCCUUCUGUGGCUGGUUGUCUUGCGCUGGCUGUUGUUACGCCAAGUAUCGUUACCAGAGGCCUUACCCAGUCAUGAAGAAGAUAUGUCAAGUGGUGCCCUCAGGGCUGGCCUUCAUCCUAGACAUCAGCCCCGUGGCGCACCGAGUGGCCCUGUGCCACCUGGCUGGCUGCCAGGAGCAGGCCGCCUGGUACCACACCCUGCAGAUCCUCUUCUUCCUGGUCAGCGCCUACUUCUUCUCUUGCCCAGUUCCUGAGAAGUACUUCCCAGGCUCCUGUGACAUUGUGGGCCAUGGGCAUCAGCUCUUCCACGUGUUUCUGUCUAUCUGCACGCUCUCCCAGCUGGAGGCCAUCCUCCUGGACUACCAGGGGCGGCAGGAGAUCUUCCUGCAGCGCCACAGUCCCCUGUCUGUCUACAUGGCUUGUCUGUCUUUCUUCCUCUUGACAGCCUGCAGUGCCACCACUGCAGCCCUCCUGAGGCACAAAGUCAAGGCCAGACUGAUGAAGAAAGAGUCCUGAGGCUGGCAGGUGGGGCGAAGUUGGAUGCAUCCCAUCUCAAUUUGGGGAAAAUGCGAUACAAAAUGGGAGUUGACUUUUUAUUUUUAAGAGGUGGCUUUUACAUUGAGACAUAUUUCCAAGGCCAAGGCCUUGGGAAGCCAAAGGACUCAAGAGUUAUGUUGUUAUAGUUGUUAAAAGAAGGAGUGUUCCUUUUUUGUCUAGGUCAUAGCCUUUCAAGACACAGGAAAGGAAGGGACCCUGGCUAAGAUUCAUGGGAUGCUGAAUUACGGAUCAUCUUCCUACCUGAAAAUUCAGUAGAAUUCUGAGUGUGGCCUCCAGGGGCAAGUCCUGGAGCUGAAGAGAUGAUAAACUUGGGCUGGAAGACAAGUAGGUGGCCAGUCCACACCACAUUGGGAUUGCCAUCCUCCUAUGCUGGUCUUUGGUGAUUGAAUGAAUUGAUCCAAGGACCCAGUUUCCUUUGGAUAUCAGCUUGUCCAGGGUGGAGAAUUCAGAAUCUUCAAGAUUCAGUGAAACCCUUAGACAUGAAUUAUUCAUUUCAUACUAUUUCUGGCCCCUCCUCUGUCGCCCACUCUAACCCUGACCCUUUUCUCAGGAUGACAUCAUCAUCCUGGCUAUUUUCUCUGAAGUGCUGUUCACUCCCAUCCAUAACUUGGUAAUAUACAGGACGAUGAAGUAGUCAUACUUUCAGUAGUUGCCUGGAUUCGUGUGGAAAUCCAGGAAGCUUAUUCUCAUAUAAUACUAAUGCAAACGGUACUAGAAAGUACAGUGCCAAGAGCCACCAGGAAGCGCAGCCAACAAGCAUGGAUACUGUUGGGGAUCAGGGGACCCUUCUGUUUUGUAUCUGUGGACUAGAGCAUUACUGGAGAUCUCUUAGGGCUGCCUCGCAGGCCAGAAGACCUGAGGCUUGCUCCUGGGGAUCUUCUCCAGAUUUUGACCGGGGUGUUCGAAGAGCCCCUGGUAGAGUGAAUUGGUUCUAAGGGUCCCCUUAGGGAUCUAAUUAUUUCCAGAGGAAUCCAAGGUCCAGCCUUUUAAAUAUAUGCCACCCCACGAAGGACCCACAUACCAACCUAGUUCAGGGUCCUCAGGCAGGCACUUAUGCCUCAACUUAGAGCUGAACCCUUAAAAUAAUCAAGCCCCAGGACAGGUGAGUGUGUGUGCUCACUGUGGGCUGGUCCAUAAAGGCUCCUUUGGGUAAGAAUGGUGAACGGCACACUGUGUAGCUAGAAUGUUCUGUGGAGGGCAUCACUGUCCAGCAGUUGCUAUGGGAUAGAUGGUACUUGCCACUGAUGCAUUCUGGCCACACAGUCUUUCUGAGGACUGACUUCACACUAAUCCAGUGAAAGGGGCUGCGUUGACAGAGGAGCUGAGCCACGGCAGCCUUCUCAGAGGCUACCAUUCCUAUCAGUAGUAUAAGGUUUCUGUUUACUAAAAAGGGAAGUGGUUUGUUUUCACUCCAGUUUGAUGGAAGUCUUCUAUUACUAGAUUAUUUCAUUGUCUUCAAAUCUUUGUUUUCUUUCUUUCUCUAAGAGAUUUGUGGGUUUUGUGCCUUAUAAAUAGAAAUUUAUGAACACUACUAUAUA